GUGAAUGCGGCCCGAAUGGAAGGAGCUCAUGGUGUUAUGGUUGGACGUGCAGCCUACAACAACCCUUGGUACACUUUGGGACAUGUCGAUACUGCAGUUUAUGGUGAACCUUGCACUGAUCUCACACGCCGUCAGGUCCUUGAAAAGUACAUGGUAUAUGGGGAUUCUAUUAUGAGGAAGUAUGGACAUAAACCAACUAUUCGGGAUGUGGUUAAGCCUCUACUUGGUCUUUUCCAUUCAGAGCCUGGAAAUGGCUUAUGGAAACGCAAAGUUGAUGCUGUUUUACAACAUUGCCCGACAAUGAAAUUCUUUCUUGAGGAAACUCUUGUGGCGAUUCCUGACUCUGUUUUGGAUUCAACUGUUGGUGAGGCACCAUCUGGUUGUAUAGAUACUUUCAUAAAAUUAAAAGGUAUUCUGCCUCCUCCAUAUACAGCAAGAGAAUAUGAAGCUUUGUACGCUUAGUUUGUAAAAUUUAUUUCAGUUUUGUAAAGGGCAAUAACUAUAUAUCGAGUUUGAAGUAUGUUUUAAUUGUUCUGAUCCUUUGGAUAAUAACAGUACAAUGUGACAAUUCUUGCAUUUCAAAUACUCGGUGAGUGACUAGUAAAUUCAAUUUUGGCAUGAACUUGCUACAAUUGAAAGGGUACUAUUGUGAUGUUUAUAGUUGAUGCCUUUUGAGCUAGGUAGGAGAGGAUACUAUUUUCCCUAGUUCAAUUUAAUUAAUAAAUGGCCAGUUGUAAUGCUCAA